GGUCUCUAGCGGAUCGGCGUGUGCGUGCCGCCGCGAUAAUGAUAUAAAUGUUGGCGGCUGCCGGGGGCUUGCUGGUCGACAUCACGCUUCCUCGCGAGCCUGGACUCCUGCUCUGUGAUUCCGAGUCGACAAGAAACUAGUACUCAUCAUGGCGAAACUCGACCUGCCCGGCGUGUGGCGCGACAUCAAGCUCCACCGGCGCGCGUAUCUUCUGACUGUGGUGGCGUCAUUUGGCGGCAUGCUGUUCGGAUGGGACACUGGCUUGAUCGGCGGUGUUCUGACCAUGGAUGCGUUCCAGGAAUCGUUCAAUCUCGACCGCGGCAGCCCUGAUUUCGCCAAUUUGCAGGGCAACAUUGUGUCUGUUCUCCAGGCUGGCUGCUUUUUCGGCGCCCUUACGUCGUUUUAUGUUAGCGAUACGUUUGGACGGAAAUGGGCGCUUAUCAUCGCCGACCUUAUCUUUUUGAUUGGCUCCACAAUACAGACGCUCUGCGCGCUGGGAACAACAAGCCUGACGCAACUCUACAUCGGACGUGUAAUUGGCGGUUUCGGUGUGGGUCUCAUCUCCGCUGUGGUGCCAACAUACAUUUCCGAGAACGCGCCCAAGGAGAUCCGUGGUCGCUGUGUUGGUUGCAUGCAGCUGUUCAACGUCACCGGUAUCUGUCUGUCGUUCUUCGUCAACUACGGCAUCAGCCUCGACAUCACCGACCGCUACAACUCGGCCAAAUGGCGUGUGCCCUUCGCGCUGCAGAUGCUGCCCGGCGUCAUCCUGCUCGUCGGCAUUGUAUUCAUGAACGAGAGUCCGCGAUGGCUCGUCGAGAAGAACCGCAUCGCGGAGGCUGCGACAGCGCUUGCACAUGUCCGCGGCAAGCCUACAGACGACGCUGAAGUAGUCCAGGAGCUGGACGACAUCAUUGCCGAUUUCAACGGCCACGAGAAGAUGCCUAUGGUUGCACAGCUCAAGUCGGCGUGCUCCAGCAGGAAGAUGUUUUACCGCUCUUCUUUUGCAGUUAUCCUCAUGUUCUGGCAGCAGUGGACGGGCACGAACAGUAUUAACUACUACGCCCCGCAGAUCUUCCAGCAGAUCGGCCUUACGGGCCCCUCAGCGGGCCUAUUCGCCACUGGAGUCUAUGGAAUCGUCAAAAUCGUCGUCACAGCCAUUGGCCUGAUGGCUUUUACCGAGCAGCUCGGACGCAAGUGGUCGCUCCUGAUCGGGUCUGCAGGCCAGGCGUUCGCCAUGUUCUACAUCGGCAUCAACCAAGCAGUGCACCCACCGACCGGCGGCGCGCUGGACGGCAACUCCAUCUUCGCCAUCAUCUGCGUGUAUCUGUUCGUCGUGUUCUACUCGUUCGGUUGGGGGCCGAUCCCGUUCGUGCUCUCAUCCGAGUGCGCGCCCAACCACGUCCGCUCCCUCAUCAUGGCCCUCGCACUGAUGACCCAAUGGCUGUUUAACUUUGUAAUUGCCAAACUCACUCCUAUCAUGCUCGCGGACAUUACCUACGGUACUUUCUUGUUGUUUGGAGCGUCCUGCAUCAUCAUGGGUGUCUACACGAUCUUCUGCGUCCCCGAGACCAAGGGCGUGCCGCUCGAGUCCAUCCACCUCCUGUUCGAAGACAACAUCAUCGCAGGCUGCAUCAAGGACACGUUCCCUGCCACGUCGCGCGCAAAGCAGAUUAAGAACACGCAUUACGCGGAUGAGGCGGAGGAGAUUGACGGCGGCGCGCCCAAGAAGCACAGGCGGAGCGUCGAGCACGUCGAGACUGCGUAAGCGAGCAGCGGGCGGACGAGACUGCACGGAGCAGCAGGGCUAUUUAGUUGCUAGAUUGAAUCGAUCGAUUUGCAUGAGGCAUGGAUACUGCACCCGGCA